AUGGACGAUUCCGCCUUCAUGUCAGGAGGAGGAGGAGGAGCAGGAGCUCCAUCACCCGGACCUGCUGGGCCAUCAACACCAGCAACACCCACAAAGAGACGCAAGAACGCCGCUGCUACGCCCUCAUUACACAAACCCAAGAAGCAGAAACUGCCUCGAAACCUGGACAGCAUCACUGCGCGCAAUCAGUUGCCGAACGUGCCUGCUGCUGGAGGGGUUGGCAAGUCAGGACAGAGGAUGGUGAAAGGCCCCUACAAGAAGCGGGAGAAGAAAGAUAAAGACGGAAAGAAGAUCCCACCUGGCGCUGCUGGUGCUACUGCGGCAAGCACAGCAGGAGCAGCGGGAGGAAAGAAGGCGAAAGGCGCUGGAAAGGCCGGUGCUGCUGGUGGUGCUGGAGCGAAUACAGGAAACACCACAGCAGGCGAAGGCGCAAACCGAACAGACCAAGCUGGUCUUGGUGGCGCUGGUCAAACUAGAGGUGCGCGAGAGGACGAUGGCGACGACAGCGAGAUCAGGAAGCCAGGCGUCGGACCAAAUGGCGCCGUUGGAGAAGGAGGAGAAGCAGGUGGCGAGGGCGGUGAUGCAGGAGGCGAAGGCAAGGAUGAUGAUGAUGAUGACCCUGAGGAGGAGCCCGAGUAUACUGAAUACGAGUGGAACCAGGAAGCCAGCUCACGAGGACGCAGCAAAGACGACCUCAAGGCGUUGCUGGACUGUUUCUCGGAGGAGCAAUUGCAGCGGUAUGAAACGUAUCGUCGCUCAGUCCUCGGUCGCUCCACUGUCAAGAAGCUGGUGGGAACGAUUCUGAACCAACAGGUGACACAGACUAUGGCCUUUGUUGUUGCUGGAUUCUGCAAAGUCUUUGUCGGCGAGAUGGUCGAGAAAGCACGCGAGGUGAUGGAGGAUUGGGGAGAGACGGGCCCAAUCCGACCUGAACAUCUCCGAGAAGCGCAACGACGGUACAAGAUAGAGGAGGUCCAGAGGGGUAAUGGAGUCCAGACCUCCUAUGGCUACAAGCGCCGCAUGUUCUGCCGCUAA